AUGCCUUCACUCAAACUUGGGCGGAAUGAUGAUGCCCAUAGUCAGGAGAGGGUAGACAAUGAAGGAGACGACACGCACCAUCCAGAACCCACAGAACGCUCGCGACUUUUGCCGCGCGAUCCUCCAGCCUAUCUGAGUCCGGAUGACCCUGCUGUCUCCCCGUACAACCUCUGGAGCAUCCGUGCGCUUCGCGGCUUAUCCUCGCUCUUCCUGGCCCUGAGCUUCAUAUGGUGGACCUUCCUUCUUGUCUCUUUGUUCGUCAGUCCUCCCAUGAUGCACAGUCGCGGGUCUGGCUUCUUCAGCUUCGCCUAUACAACCCUCACCACUGGUUACCUUGUUAUCAGCCUGCUUUUUUUCGCUGUACCGUCCAAGCCGAUGACUAUCUGGGGUAUCAUCAUUGGGGUAUUUCUCUGCAUCGACAUGAUUCUCACCCUGGCGGUACCUCGCAUUCGAGUCGAAGAGGGCUGGGUAGGUGUUGCCUCCGUGGUGUGGGCCACCUUCAUCGCCCUUUACAGCAUCUUCCAGAAUCGAGCUGUAGAAUGGGGUAAGCGCGAAGAGGAGGAACGUCUCACAGGCCGUCCUGAGAGCCGCCGCCCUCUGCGCGAAUGGAUCGCUGUCCUGCUUCAGACAAUCUUCAUGGCUAUUUUUGGGAUCGUUUCUAUCCUCUUUACUGCUACGCUGAUUUUGCGCGCCCGCGACGCCUCUCUCGCUGCGCCAGGCAAGAGAUAUCUUGUCAAUAGCAACAACUACGAAGUCCACCUCCACUGUGUUGGCAGCCCGAACGCAACAACCCAAUACCUCAACGACGUCCCCACUGUCCUUAUCGAGGGUGGUGAAGGUCCGGUCGAGCAUACUCUCCAACCAUUCAUUGAUAAUGCUUACCAAAGCGGUCUGGUCCCUCGCUACUGCUACUGGGAUCGCCCAGGCUUUGCCUGGUCUGACAACGCACCCUCCCCCUUCUCUGCUGGCAUGGCCGCCGACGCCCUCUCUGAGGCGCUCGCCCUGGCGGGCGAAGAGGGACCCUGGGUUCUUGUCUCCGCCGGUGCCGGUGGAAUCUACAGUCGCAUUUUCGCCAGCCGACACCUGAUCGAGGUAACCGGCAUCCUGCUCAUCGAUACCGCUCAUGAAGACUAUCUUCCCAAGCUCGGCUCACCCGGUCGCGGCUUUGGCCUCUGGCUCCAAGGGGUGCUCUCGCCGCUAGGCCUCGACCGCAUCGCCGGCGCUCUGUUCAAGGGCCGCACCCGCGAGGACCGCGUCUACGGCCGCAGUGCCUACCAGACAGGCAAAUACAUCAAGGCCAAGCUCCAAGAAAAUCUUGUCGCCAAGUCUAUGACCGCCUCAGAAGUCCAGACCGCCCGUCAUAUUCAGAUGUCUGAAACGCCGUUGGUUGUCGUCAGCUCGGGUGUGGAGGUCCGGAGGAGCCACAAAUGGGCGCAGACGCAGGAGGACUUGACCAAAAUCACCAAGAACUUGAAGAACUGGGAUAUAGUCAGCGGGGCACCGCACGAGGUGUGGAAGACGGUCGAGGGAAGAAGACUACUUGAGAAGAGACUGGGUGAGCUGCUUGAGACAGAGUCGAGGGAAUUUUAAUUCCAACGCUCACUUCUACCGGCCUUAAUCCCUUUUCUACCAUCUCGCAUGUUUCCAUGGAGGCAGGGCUUCUCAGUUCUCACGUUCUCUCGCAAAGGUGUGUAUCCGUCAAUACUUUUUUUUUUUUUCCCUCGAUACUGGCUCCUUCUCGAUAUUACGUUCUUGCAUUUGUUGCAGUCUCACAAAUUGGGCCAUCAUGAUCUUACGACACAACUUCUUGACAUUCUUAUGCUGUAUGAUAUCUUUUAAUUUGCGAUAAUGGAAAAUCAUCUGCGGUGGUGCCUUUUGUUUUUCUCUGCUGGUUUGAAUCACUGAAUCCAAGAAAUAUCGAAAGGGAAUCCAUCGGAAAUACGCGUUGUGAUUUCCCCGCCUUUGUCAUAAGAAGUUCGAGUUUUAGCGGGUUUGCAUCGCAGCUUCCCAAGAAAUUUAUUGUGACCAGCUUUCCAGAUCAAUCGUACUUGUGUAAU